CAAUCGAUUAUCUGCUUCCUCAUGCCUUCUUGCAGACCGCAGUGCUCAUUUCCACAAUUGGCGCGCGUAGUCGAAACUGAGAAUGUUCACUUCUCCAUAGGAUCUGUUUCAAGCAAGAAUAUAUCAAAAGCCCGUAGGAUUGCAUAUAUAUGCUCUACUUUUUUUUUCUGUUGGAGUUUAGGUGAUCCUACACACAGCGAAGGGUUACAGUCAUGCUCUAAUAACUGACCAUGAUGUGAUGAGACGGGUGUCAACCGGAGUGACACGUCAAGAGGUGACAGCUCGGGUGCACAGUGUAACAAAAGUGAUUUCGCAAAUCACGCACAGUAUACAUUUGUAAUACUCCUGUUAAUUUGCAGAAUGCUAGUCCUCCUGAAAUGUCAUCUGCUGACGUACUACCUCCCUGUACAUACAUCACGCUACCGACAAAACCUAGCUUUGGCAAAAUAUCCCAUUUCCACCAAAUUCCAGGGUAGCCCCAGCUUUUGGCUAUUGCUAUACUGCGCCUCUCGUGGCUAUAAGUGCUUCAAGAUAAAUAGCCGCCUUAACAUGAAUUAGUGAAAGCUAGCAACUCUGCCACGGAACCUAUAGGAGUUCGACGCCAUAGCAGACAUCGUCAUGGAAAAACGAGCAAUUUCUCAAUCAGAUAAGUCAAAUCUGUCAACCAUCUCGUAUUCAACAGCUAGCCACAGGAAUUCAUGCAAAGCGGGGAAUGCGCCGUAAUCAGUCAGCGCAGCCAACGCAGCAGCUUCUCAGGGCUCUACCGUUAUCUCAGCCGCAAACCGGGAGCGUUUACAGGUGUCGACAGGCGCAACAACUUUUCAUUAAAAACAGUAUCUCAAUUGAGAUACCCUUGGCUCAGAGAACUUGCGCAAGUGUCGAAUCCACUGUCUUGAUGCACGAAUCACUGAAAGGCAGUACUGUUCCCACCGAAUACACUCCAGUAGGUUGUGGCAAAAAGGAAUAUCCAAGUUCUUCUGGUACACGCGAUUGCGCAGAUCACUCGGGCGCGGAGGAGUAACCGCCCAACAACCACGUGACUAUCGAACAUUCACCUCAGCAACCAUCUUCGUCUCCCAACAUGACACCACCACCAACACUACUACGGGCAAAAAAAU